AGCCCUCCGCUUCUAAACCCACAAAAGAAAGAGCUUUUCAUAGAGAAGGAGAGAGCCAGCCGCAACACCCCAAAGAGAUUUCUUGAGCCUGCUGUGGAAAAGUUUGUUUUCUUUGAUAUAAAGUUUUUCUGCAGUAGCCUCAAGGUUGUUCUCUGGAUCUUUCUUCACUCUCACAACAAGAACAAUGGCUCAAUCUUUCUCAAACGCAAAGGCUCUUUCUUCUUUGAUAACCAAGGCAAUUACCAGACGAGGGUUCUCAGCAGCUGCAUCUGCAUCUGCAUCUGCGGCGGCACCAAAAGCUACUGCAAGAAGCGGCGCUGCUAUGGUUAAGAAAACAGGGGAAGAAGUUGUUGGAUCUACCGAGAAGGUUUCUUGGGUUCCUGACCCUCGCACCGGUUUCUACAGACCCGAAAACGUCGCUAAGGAGAUUGACGCUGCUGAGCUAAGAGCUAUGCUAUUGAAGAAACACUGAAACAAUCAACUCUAAUAAAGAUUCUUCUUUAUACAUAAAUGUUUAUGACAAAGGUUUGUGCUUUGUCAUAAUCCAUCAAAGGAAUGAUGUGAAAAUCGGCCGCACGGGUUCUUGUGCGUGCUCGUAUUUUACAGGUUUUCUUUUUCUUUAUAUUGGUUACUGUACUCUCUGUUUUAAUAUCAUUAGUUUUUAGCCA